CAGAAUUUCACAAAUCACUUGAAGCAAACGCUGGAUUAAAAAAAAAAAAAAAGAAAGAAAUUUUGCUUAUUUUUGAAUUUUGGACUAAUUAAAUGGGCUCCUUUUUUCGCUAUACAUUUGGGUUGAAAACAAACUAUUUAAUAAAUAAUCCAAAUGAUCUCCUCUAACAUAGUAAUUUAAAAUUCGCACUAAACUAAUUCUCAGACUAGUAACUGUUUACAUAAGGACAAGGAGCUUUACAUAUGCGCAAGGAUUUUUGGAGAGCGGCGCGUGCGAACUCUAAUCCACCUUUGAUGCUCUCAAGCUCCAAACUCUGCCUUAUUUUUUGAUGGCAAGACUGAAUAAUGCCAGUCUAGCAUGGCUGUCUCUCCAACUCAUGCCACCCGUGGACCGACAUGGCAUUUAGCCGCGUCUUUCCGGACCCUCCGUCCAAGAGCAUCUUUAAGACCUUCGCGGUCAUGUUGCUGUCUAUACUCGCGUCUUUAUACUUUCUCCACUGCCUCACGGAGCGAUGCGGGACCUGUAUACGCACAGAGAGAAGGGACGCCGGUCCGGUGGAGAGAUUUUACGCCUCGAAACUUAAAGACUUCGAGUCGCUGAGGAGAAAGAGACUUCUUCAGAAAUGGACCGUGAUGAGGCACCACAGCUCGAUCCACCGCCUCGAAAGUGUCCGUGAAGAGGAUUUACCUGUUAUUGAUGCUGACAGACGCGUUUUCCAGGCGCACGUAAAGAUGUCAAACUCUUUGGAUGUAGAUUUGGAGACGGGAGAAUCGUAUUUUGAUACAGGUAAACUGAGUGCGUUAGGUGAGGGCAGUAAGAAGCUGCCUCAGGCGAUCAUCAUCGGCGUGAAAAAAGGGGGGACGCGCGCCUUGCUGGAGUUUCUGCGCGUGCAUCCAGAUAUUCGCGCGGUCGGAGCCGAGCCGCAUUUCUUCGACCGUAACUAUGACAACGGAAUGGACUGGUACAGGGACCUAAUGCCUAAAACCCUGGAGGGCCAGAUCACCAUGGAGAAAACACCAAGCUACUUUGUGACCCGCGAGGCUCCGGCCCGGAUCUACGCCAUGUCCCGCAAAACCAAGCUGAUUGUGGUGGUCCGGGACCCCGUCACUCGAGCCAUCUCUGACUACACGCAGACACUGUCCAAGAAGCCUGACAUUCCUACUUUUGAGAGCCUGACGUUCAAAAACAGGACUACAGGGUUGAUCGACACCUCGUGGAGCGCCAUUCAAAUCGGCAUCUACGCCAAACACCUGGACAACUGGCUGCAGUUCUUCCCCAUGAGCCAGAUCCUGUUCGUGAGCGGAGAGCGGCUGAUCAGCGACCCGGCCGGAGAGCUGGGCCGCGUGCAGGACUUCUUGGGGCUCAAGAGGAUCAUCACAGACAAACACUUCUACUUCAACCAGACCAAGGGCUUCCCUUGUCUCAAAAAGGCCGAGGGCAGCAGCAAGCCCCAUUGCCUGGGUAAAACCAAAGGGCGGACCCAUCCAAACAUUGACCCUGAGGUCGUUCAGAGACUUAGAGACUUCUACAGGCCUUUCAACAUGAAGUUCUACCAGAUGACAGGCAGGAAAUUUGGAUGGGACGACUGACAGUAGACAGUGAAAUAGACCCUGGAUUUUGAAAGAAGGGAGAAACAACCUUACUGUGACCUCACCAGCAACAAAACUAUGAUAACCCCAAAAGUGGUCCAAUCUGGUUGUGGAAAAUGAUAGAAAAGUCCACAUCUAAUUCAAGUUAGGCACAGAACAUUAUGAACAAAUGUCAAAAAUAAGAGUAAAUGUCCUCAAACUGACUUCAUCAGGCAAAAAGAUGAGGAUUAUACAUUGCCUUUGUUGAUUAAAAUAGUGCUCCUUUUUUACCCAAUCAGACUUUAGCCACAUUUAAACAGCCAUAUACCAUACCGUGGAGGACCUAGAAGAGACACCUGAAAGCUGAAGAGAUCCACUCUAGAACUAUGCAUUUGGAUGUUGAACUGUGAAUUAUCCACUGUGUCUGGACUUGGAGAUCAGAUUCAUUCUUUUGCCAUAUUUAAUGUAGAAAGACUAGCUGCUUAUAUACCUUUACAAUUAUUUGGAAGAAAAUAUCAAAAGAAUAAAAAUAAGUGUAUUUUUUAAAAUGUAUUUAUUUAAAAAAUAUGCACACAUAUACAGUUUAACUAUUUUGAAUAAUCUUCACUAAUCACCUCCCUUCAGCUUUUUUUUUUUUUUUUGCACGUGGAGGGUGAGUGAUUUCUUUUUUUAUUUUGAACCAUAUAACACAAUGCCUUUUCUAAAACGUUUCAUGCGGUCUCAAGUUUAAAUGUGCACAUUUAAAUGUUUACCAUCCUAUUCACUGAGAGCAAUGUUAUCUCAAAAAUGUUUCUUAUAUUAAUGGAUCAAAGACAAUAAUAGGACGGCCAAAGUAGUAAACAUGACGUAAUUUUCCCCCAGGUUUGGGUUUUUGGUUUUACAGAACAAAUGAAUGAAAGUCCAAUUUGUGAUUUGACUGGAUGGCAAGCUUUUAAGAAUCCAUUUAAAGUUGUGUCUCUAUGAUAAUGUAUGGGAGAGAGAGAGAGUAUGAGAAAGACACUGUUACAAAGCAGCAGUGCCUCUAAAAGACAUUCAAUCAGUGUUUCUCCAUUUAAAGGUGAUUUGUGUAAUUGUUCAAUGUUAAAAUGCUUUAAAUGAGCCAUCAAUAGGCUGUUUUUGCUCAGAACGUUUAAGGUGCGUGAACCUGUUUGGAAACUUAAAAGCAGUCAUUUUUUUGCAUUACAUGCAUCACCUUUAGGUUCAGUGUUGAGUAAUUUAAUUUCUUUUCUUUUCAAUAUUAUCAGUGACAUUAUGAUUUUAUAGUUCUGUUUAUUUAAUUUGAAUAAUGAAUUUUAUA